AUGCUUCUACCCCACAGCUCCCGUUCAGCUGUCUUCCACUCGCCAGUCUGGCGUCGAGUAAUCCCGCGACGAGCUGUAACUCCAAUUCGAAUUCUUACAACAACGAGAAGGUAUCAAUCUUCUGAUGCUUCGGUGGAUAAGAAGCCGUAUUAUAUUACCACCCCGAUAUAUUAUGUCAAUGCUGCCCCACAUAUUGGUCAUCUGUAUACUUCCGUUCUUGCGGAUGUAGUUAAGAGAUGGCAGGAAUUAAAGGGAAAUGAGGCGAGAUUAUUGACUGGAACUGAUGAGUAUGGGUUGAAAAUUCAACAGGCGGCUACUAUUGCUGGUGUGAACCCGAAGACGUUUUGUGAUACUGGUGCGGGAACAUUUAAGAAACUGGCGGAUACUGCAAAUAUUAGCUAUGACAGGUUUAUAAGAACUACGGAUCCAGACCACCAGACCGCUGUCGAGCAAGUUUGGCGCGUCCUCCGCGAAGCUGGAUACAUCUCCCUGAAAAAACACUCAGGCUGGUACUCCAUCUCCGACGAAGCCUUCUACCCAGAAACCGGAAUCGAAAAGACAAUCCACCCACCCACAGGGCAAGAAAUCCUCGUCUCCAAAGAAACCGGAAAAACCGUCGAAUGGAUGUCGGAAGAAAACUACCAUUUCAACCUCUCAUCAAUGGGUCCAAAACUCCUUGAGUUCUACGACAAAAACCCAAACUGGCUACUCCCUUCCCAGAGAUACGAUAUGCUAAAGGCAGAGGUAUCAAGAGGGUUAGAAGAUCUUUCCAUCUCCCGUCCUAGGGAAAGGUUGGAAUGGGGCAUUCCUGUCCCUGGAGACCCCUCGCAAACGAUUUAUGUCUGGUUGGAUGCUUUGAUAAAUUACUUGACGUUUACGGGAUACCCGUAUACGCCGGCGGAUCAAACGGUCUGGCCUGCGAAUCUUCAAAUUAUAGGGAAGGAUAUCAUUCGAUUCCAUUGUAUCUACUGGCCGGCGUUCUUGCUAGCCAUUGGUGCUGAACUUCCAAAACAGAUACUCAGUCAUGCACAUUGGACAAUGUCGAAGAAGAAAAUGUCAAAAAGCGAUGGGAAUGUGGUUGACCCCUUCCAUGCUAUUAAACGAUGGGGGGUUGAUACAAUGAGAUUCUAUCUCUGCAUCGACGGGGGUAUUAGCAAAGACGGAGACUAUUCUAACCAAGAGAUUGAAGAUAAAUAUAAGAAAUAUCUAGGAAGUCAAAUCGGAAGUCUCCUAACCCGGGUUUGUUCCGCGAAGUACAGUGUCUCGGACGCUGUCAAAUGCGAACAAGAAGGUAGAAAAGUGGAAUUGAACGAGAAAAUGUCACAGUUGUAUAACAGGUUACGGUACGAAACACUGGAUGGAUUGAGAUCUCGAGUUGACGGAAGGAUGGAAGUUAUGGAUUUUUCAAAUGCGAUAAGGGAGAUUUUGGACGUUGUGUCGGAGACGCAUAAGUAUAUCCAUGCGACUCAAUUAUGGGACGCCGAACAGGCGGCGAUUAGGAGUUACAUGUUAUACCCUGCGGCAGAGGCACUGAGGAUUUCGGGAAUAUUGUUACAACCCUUCAUGCCAGGGAAGAUGGAAAAGCUAUUGACCUUAUUAAACGUGGAUGCGAAGAAUAGAACGUGGGAGAAGGCGGUUUUGGGGGCGGAUUUCGAGUACGGAGUCAGUGCUUCUGGGACGAAAGCCCAGGUUUUCCCGAGGUUUCCUAUUAAGGAGGAGGAUAUGUAG